CGUCGUGGAAUGAGUUAUUUUCUGGGAAAGUAUCUACGAUUCAGGUUGUCUCGGAUUGAAUUUUACGUUCAAUGGUGUUUUUAGUGCCGAGUAAACAUAUAUUAAAUAGCGGUAGUGUAAAAAAAGUACAGUUAUGACAACCGGGGCCACGUAUCAAAACGCGUUCUUCUACGGAAAUAUAUCAUUAUUUCUCUACGGGAAAGAAGCUCUUUUUGCAAUCUUUUUACAACUACUAUGUAUAAAUGGUAGAAAUCCAUUCUGUACGGUGAUUUCUCCCGCCAAUAGUGUUGAUGGUGUAAAUAUAUAUCUGGUAGCCAAACUGAUAAAGUACCCGAAAAUUAAAUGCCACAAGCAUGCAAUAAUGCAAUGUGCCAACAUCGACAGAGUAUUACUCCGUACCAUACAGAGUACUCUAUACAUUAUCAACACCCGCCAAAAACCCGCAAUCAAACCUCGUAUAAAUUCGCCAGAGCCUCGUACAAAGUGUUAUCUUCGCCACCACUCAAAAGUCGAAGAUCAAUUCCCCACUACAUAUCUGCAAAGUGGGACUUGAUUUCCACUUGAUUUCCACACUACUCUCCGUCCCCUCAAUCCCCUCAAUCCACUAUACAGUAAAGAGUACCACACUACGUCAGCGGUC